AUGGCAGGGGGGCAGCCGCCGCCGUCGUCGGUGAGGACGGAGCGUCUCCUGCGGGCGGCGUGCGCGGCGAUGGCGGCGGCGGCGGCGCUGCUGCUGGGGUUCAGCGCGCAGACCAAGACCGUGCUCUUCGCCCAGAAGAAGGCCGUCCCCAAGGACGUGCAGGCCCUCUGGGUGCUGAUCGUGGCGGCGGCGGCGGCGGCGGCGUACCACGCCGCCCAGCUCGCCCGGUGCCUCUGUAUGGACCGCCUAGCCAGCGGCGGCGGCGCCGGCUGCCAGCGUCUCGGGAGAGCGGUCGCGUGCGCCUCCUUCCUCCUCGACAAGGGAUGCGCGUACAUGGUGUUCGCGACGACGGUGGCGGCGCUGCAGGCGUGCUUCGUGGGGCUGCUCGGCGUGGAGGCCCUGCAGUGGAGCAAGCUCUGCAACAUCUACACCCGCUUCUGCGAGAAGGCCGCCGCCGGCAUGGUCUGCAGCCUGCUGGCCGCCGCGGGCAUGGCCGUCCUCUCCACCUUCUCCGCGCGGGACCACUUCCGCCGCCGCCCCUGCCCCCCGUGCGUGCAGGUGCAGCAGCUCUAG